AUGUGUUACUAUGGAAGCUACUAUGGAGGCCUGGGAUAUGGCUAUGGUGGUCUAGGCUGUGGUUAUGGCUGUGGCUAUGGUGGCUACGGUGGCUAUGGUGGCUACGGUGGCUAUGGUGGCUAUGGUGGCUAUGGUUAUGGUUACUGCCGCCCACUGUGCUGUAGAAGAUAUUGGUCUUAUGGUUUCUACUGA